AUGAAAGAGUUAUAUGAUCAAGGCAUAAGGAAUGAGGAAGAUAUACCAGACAAUGUGACUGUACAAAGUAGUGAGAAUGUAAGGGAAGGAUUAGGAGAGAGUAUUGUGUUAAAUGAUCAAGGCAUAAGGAACGAGGAAGAUAUACCAGACAAUGUGACUGUACAAAGUAGUGAGAAUGCAAGGGAAGGAUUAGGAGAGAGUAUUGUGUUAAAUGACUCUGCAGCAAGCAAUGAUGAGGACAAUGAUGAGAGCAGGACAGAUGACAUUGAUGUAACAGAAUCUGAAAGUGCUCCAACGCCAUCUUAUGUCAUGUCCACAAAUCAUGAAGAAUUUCGUAAAGUUGCAACUGAAAAUGUAAAAAAAAGUAUAGAACGAAUGAGAGCAGUUGUUGAAAGCAGAAAACGACAAAUAACUUUCUCUGUUGGAGAACUGGUACGGAUUAAUAUUCCUCGAAUAGACAGGGCAGGCAUUGAUAGAAGAUCCCUUCCAUGCAAAGUUCUGGAGGCACUCGAUAAUGGUUAUUAUCGUCUCGGAUGUGCUUCUGGGGUUUUAGAUAAGUGUUAUUUAGCAAGUGAGAUGGAAGGUGUAAGUGCGGAGUUCCCAGAACUUGAAAAUAUUCCUAGUGCUCAAAUAUCUCUUAUGGAGGCUUCUCGUUUACAGAGCUCUGCUGCUUCUGUUAAUGCUUUGUGUCAUUGCAAGUCUGGUUGCGUUAAUAAUUGA